CAUUCUCCAAAAUCGUUCAAUAUCAUUAAAUCCCCCCUUGCCGUUCCCAACACCGCUAGAGCUCUUUCACCUUCAUACCAACAAUGGCGCCAACGAAAGCCGAAAAGAAGCCCGCAGAGAAGAAGCCAGCGGAGAAAACCCCUUCCUCGGCAGAGAAGAAGCCAAAGGCUGAGAAGAAGAUCGCCAAAGACAGUGGCGACAAGAAGAAGAAGAAGAUCAAAAAGAGCACCGAGACUUACAAGAUCUACAUUUUCAAGGUUUUGAAGCAGGUUCAUCCCGACAUUGGAAUCUCCAGCAAGGCAAUGGGCAUCAUGAACAGUUUCAUCAACGAUAUCUUCGAAAAACUUGCUCAAGAGGCUUCGAAAUUGGCAAGAUACAACAAGAAACCUACGAUCACCUCACGGGAGAUCCAAACCGCCGUUCGAUUAGUGUUGCCUGGUGAGUUAGCGAAGCACGCUGUUUCUGAAGGAACUAAGGCCGUAACCAAAUUUACAAGCUCUUAGAUUCCGGUGUCGGUGAAUUUUGGAAUUAGGGUUUCGUUUUGGGUACUUUUUGUGUAGAUCUUGGUCUCUCUGGUUACAGGUGUAUCGAAAUGCCUAUAGUUUUAAUGGAUAACAAAGUUCUUUCUUCGGUA